AUGGUGAAGGCUUGCCUCCCACGAAUAGUACUGCUCUGUGUUCUGGCCUCCCUUGUGUUGGCGGCAGUCGCGGCGGCGGAUGAAGGAAGUGGGCGAAGAGCAAGAUGGGUGAACAACGGGGGAGACCACAGGUCACCGGCGGAACCUCAAAGGAGGAGGAGGGCAGGCCAUGAUCUGGUCGAGGACUUAUUGGGCAAGAGGGUGUUGCCGCCGACGGCAUCAACAGACGACAACAAGCCAGUCCGUCUCGAGGACCGCGUCGUACUAGCGGUGCCGACACCAGCGGCUCUCUUCGGGCGACAAGUAAUCGGCAACCCCAUUGACGCCAUCAACUCGGCAUCUCGAUCAGCACAGCAAGCCAUUGCCUCGGCGUCUCAGUCUGCUCGGGAAGCUAUUCAACAAGCAAAUGAUCAAGUGAGACAGGCUGGAGACCGACAGAGACAGGCGGAGGAACAGGCGAGGCAGGCCAACGAUGCGGCCACCCGGGCCUCGAUAUCGGCCAAUAAUGCCGUCGUCCAGGCGCAGGCGAGCGCUAAGGAGGGGAUUCUCAACGCCCAAAACGCGGCCAAGGAGAGUGCGAGUAAGCAGGUUGCGGACAACUUUGCUAUGGUCACGGCGAGUGCGCAGACGCAGCUGGCUUCUCAGAUUGCGAGCAUCCAAGCCAGUGCUAGCGCAAGUGCUGCACAAGCCAUUGCUGUUGCGACGCAAUCUGCCAGUGCGGCUAUAUCGAAUGCACAGCAGCAGGCACAGCAACAGAUUCAAGCUGCGAGGGAUGAUGCAAACUUACGUGUAUCACAAGCACAAGGCGCCGCGGUUUCGGUCACACAAGCGGCUCUCGCCGUCGUGGGAGCCAUCAUCGGCUCAUCGCUGCUCACCAUACUGGGCUUCUACAUCUUUACUCGAUACCGGCGUAACAAGCGCAAGGACCAGACGGCACGGGAGCUUCGUCGUGAAAUCAGCUAUCCGAAGCAGAAUACUCUCAUGACGACCAACGCACUGGCUAUGAACAACGGUUACCCGCAAGACGUGAAGCGUCCAAUAUCACCGACUCGUCCAGAAACAGCACGUACGACGGGAUCAUCUGGAGGCAUGGGCUAUGCGUACCGCGCCGCAGAUGGGCAUGGGUACGAUACAGAGGGAGCAGUCGGUGUCGAGGAGGCCGGUGCCACCUUCGCCCAAGAAGCCGCCCUAUUCUCUAUUCCCGCCAAGGUCUAG